AUGCACUCAGCGCAGCACAGUGCGACGCAAGAUGCGUUAUUCUCGUACGAUGACGACGCCGCGUCCCCAUCACGCACUUUGCCGUCUGCGACCAUGGAGGAUGCCGGCCUGCCGCCAUACUCGAGUUCAGCAGCUCAAUCGCGCGCUCCGCUGCCCAUGAAGUCAACAGCAUCGUCAAAAGAGGCGCAGUUCGACGCAGAUUCCGAUGACAUCGACGACCAAGACGACGUAGUGGCCAUUCAAGCAUCUCAAAUCGGUCUUCGAUCCAACGAUGAUUCUCUCCAUACUUCGGUCGAAGGCUCUUCUCGCAGUCACAGAAUUGAUGGCACUCUUUCACUCAUCGAUCGCAUUCCCGGUCCCAAUCGCUUUCGUGCCUCCCUGGAUGGCUUGGGUCACGACAUCCGCUCAAUCAGUCAAUCGCUUGGUGUGCCCGGCUGGGAUGGCGAAGGUAUCCCCGACUGGCUCAAGAGAGGUGCCGGCGUGUUUGAUGCCACCGUCAACAUGGCAAAUAGCAUCCUCGGUGCUGGCAUUGUCGGUCUUCCUUACUCGAUGCGAGAGUCAGGCUUCGUGGCUGGGCUCGUUCUGCUCGUCGGUCUCUCCUUCUUAACCGACUGGACCAUUCGCCUGAUCGUCCUUAACGCAAAGCUCAGCGGUCGUAUCACCUACAUCGAAAUCAUGGAACACUGCUUUGGCCAGAAUGGAAAAGCCGCCGUCUCGAUCUUUCAGUUCGCUUUCGGCUUUGGCGGCAUGUGCGCAUUCUGCGUGGUCAUCGGUGACACUAUCCCUCACGUCAUCAAGAUGAUAUUCCCCUCUUUAUCCGGGAGCUUCCUCGCCAAUCGACAGUUCGUUAUCACCUUCUUCACCCUGGCCAUCUCAUAUCCACUCUCACUUUAUCGCAACAUCGAAAAGCUCAGCAAGGCCAGCGCCAUCGCGCUCGUUUCAAUGGUCGUCAUCAUCGUGGCUGUCACCAUUCGAGGCCCUGCCAUGCCUGCAGAACUCAAGGGCGAUCCAAGCCUUCGUUUCACCAUCGUCAACGUUUCGAACUUGGUUCGAUCCAUCUCCGUGAUCAGCUUCGCCUUUGUCUGCCAUCAUAACUCAUUGCUCAUCUACGGGUCUUUGAAAGAACCUUCAAUGAACAAGUUCGGACAGGUCACGCACUAUUCCACGAUCAUUGCAGCCGCCGCAACCAUCACCAUGAGUGUGUCGGGCUACUGGAGCUUCGAAGAAAAGACUCUCAGCAAUGUUCUUAACAACUUCCCGAAUGACGACGUCAUUGUCAACAUCGCUCGUGGUCUAUUCGGUCUCAACAUGCUCACCACAUUGCCACUCGAGUGUUUCGUAUGCCGCGAGGUGCUCGAGACGUACUUCUUUGCGGGAGAGUUUGAUCGCAACCGCCAUCUUAUCUUCACCUCGAGUCUCGUGGUGACCGCCAUGAUCAUCUCGCUUUUGACUUGCGAUCUUGGGAUCGUGUUGGAGCUUACAGGUGGUCUCAGUGCAACCGCCUUGGCGUUCAUUUUCCCGAGUCUUUGCUACCUCAAGCUCACCAGCGAGACGGGUAAGCGAGUACCGACAGCGGAUCUUCCUCAUCUCACCAGCUCUUCGUGGCGCGACCAUGGGAUCAGCGGCAGCGGCAACGAUACAUCAACUCGCCAGCACGACCGACAGCAGGGAGAAGACGAAAACGAGGCGCUCAUCGACCAGUCCAACGGCUCGAUGGACCACGGUCAGAAUCCCAUCCGAGCCAACGAAUAUGAUGGGGGCGAUGAAGAUGAGCCAUCCACACUCGAUCGCCUUGAACGAUUGGAGAGCGGUCAGACUGGCACGAACAACAGUUCUACGAGGCACUCUGUGGACAUUGACGACGUCGAGCUGCCAUUACGACCAGGCGCGAGCGUUCGUUUCCGACCAGCGGCUGCCAACCGUAAAUGGUGGCAGUCGACCCGGCCGCUCAGCGUGGCUUGCGCCGUCUUUGGGACGAUUGUCCUCGUCAUCAGUGUAUGGACCGCAGUUUCCGAUACAGCUAGUGGCAAGACCGGAGCGGUACAUCAAUGCUGA